AGCUAAAGAUUUUUAAUCUUCCUUAGAAUUGUUGACAACAAAAACAUCUUUCUUCAUAGCAGAAUGAAAAAUUGGAGCCGAAUGAAGGAACAUGGGUUCAAUUAAUGACGUAAGGUCGACAGGGUGAAUGUUGAUUUAAAAAACAUAUAAAAAAACUUACACUAGAUACUUAUUGUAUUUAAAAAUAAAAUGAAAGAUCUUCUGUAAAGAAAAAUAUUUAAAUAAGUUUUUUUAGUAACUUUGUAGUAGUAAGCUACCAUUAUGAUUUACAUUUUCCUACUUGUUUGCUUGGCCUUAACAACAGCACAAGAAAUCUCAAAUGAGGUGGACUCCUCUUCUAAAUCUAAAGAAUGGAAGAAACCUUGGUUUUGUCAUAAUUCUGACUGUCGACCAUAUGUCGCUGUCAACAAGACGGAUCGAUACGAAACAAGAUGUUAUCCUGGAGCUCUAUGGUGGAUGACAUUCAGAAAAAAAAUACCUGCUGGUGAACCUAAAGAUUUCACCCCGUUAUACAAAUUGAUUCGACAAUACAUUGAUGGAUAUAACGUCAAGAAAAUGAAAUAUAAUUUAACAGUACCUGUUCUCCUCCGUAUUGACUUCAAGAAACCAUUUAUCAAUUUACAUUCUCACAUGUGGAUCCCACCUCGUGUAAUCCCCUUGCUAUCCAAACCGUUAAAUCCAAAAUUUCAUUUUGUCGAAACACGUGAUUAUUGCGUGUUUGUGCGUUCUUUCGGUGGCCGUGUACAUAGUUAUAAUGACGAAUUGAAGAAACAAAUAGCCAUGCUGAAGAACGACCUAGAUAAAGCUGGACUUAGUUAUCAGCGUAGGUUUGUGUGGUUUGCUGGAUAUGAUGCGCCAUGGAAGGUAUAUGGCCGACAUAAUGAAGUGUGGCUAAGAGUGAAACAUCAGAAGAAAAGCUAUAUGAACUUCGUAUAAUUUUCAUAAAUACCAACGUCGUCCCCAGGGUCUUGUGGCCCCGGAGCCGUUAUUACGGAGAGCCCAAAACUUUUAUCAACAAGGCAAAAUGCCCUGGGAACGAGGUUGCAUAAAUACCUUCUUAUUUUCAUGUUAUCUAUCGUGUAUAAAUUUUGCUUUUAUUUUAUUCCACUGAUGAAAGCAAUACCUGGAUAUGUCUGA